UCAAUCCUGGCUUGGUCACAUUCCAUAACGUGUUGGAACAGACAAAGGCCGAUUGAAGAGAGCUAGGAUCAGGGGUUGUUUUUAGCUGACAGCCGCACAAGGAAGAACAGGGAAGAAACAUUUGCACGUUUCGUCGACUUGUGCCUUAUUUCGGGUGUGUUUGUAUAUCAGCUGGUGUUUGAACACAUGGCAUUUGACAGCUCAUAUGCAGUCCUCAUCAUUCCUCUGCAGAACAGCAUUUACAGUCCUGAUGCUCUGCACUGCUUCCUCUGGCUCAAGAGACGGCAAGAUUUGGAAAGAGAAAAGGACAGCCUGUGGGCUGGACUGCAGGCUCUGGAACAGGCACAGCUGUGGUAUCAGAGCCGACUGAAGCUAAACUCACAAAGCCAAAGUAGCUCAAGCACAGGAUAUUCGGAGAGAGAGGGCAGAUGUUCUUGUGCUUUGCGGUCAUGUUUGCAGCGUGUCAAUGGGAGUCUGGGUACAUUGAUGAGCGACACUAGUUUAAGGAGUCAUCAAGCUCCAGAGGAAACAGGAGGUUCAGAUUGGGCUCUCCGAUGGACCAACACCACACUGGUCAAGGAGGUGAUAAAACAAAAUCUACAGAUUUCCAUGUUGGAGCUAGAGAAAGCACGACUUCAGCAACUAGUGUCUUCAAGCACAUCUGUGUGACACAUUCCUUCAAUUUUAAUUGCAACAGGGGAUCAAUCAAAGCACAGAAUGAAAUUAUAAUUUUACAUGUAAUAUCUACCAAGAAAUUUUCAAUGAAUUGAAGAUCUGUUGCACCGUGCAGUCUGUUGUUCAUUUAGAUGGAUAAGACUGUAUGGCUCCUUUCCCAUCAAGUUUCUGUUAUGAAUGUGGAGUUGACGGAUUUGAAAAUCUUGUUGUAUAUGAUGGACACGGAAUUUAAAAAGAGUUACUCUGAUUUCCUUGUACAGUAAUGAUUGACAGUAAUUAAGGGGGUCGCACACUGGCAGUGAAGCGCUUGCGCUUGACAACUCACCAGCAGAGGUGGGGCACUCGAGUCACAUGACUUGACUCAGGUCUGACUCAAGUCACAUGACUUGACUCGGGUCUGACUCAAGUCACAAUUUUCAGGACUAGUGACUUGCUUGGUGGAAGUAGAAAAUGAAUAAACUUGACCUUGACUUGAGCGCAAGUGACUUGAGACUUGACUUGACUUAAAGUGGAAGUCUCGACAAUGACUUGAGCUUUUUAAUAAAGUAAAAUAAAGUAAUCCAAUUCAUUUUUACAAAUAAUUAUUGCGACUCAGAGGCACUAUAAUCAGCGUCUGUGCCAUAAACGCUGCACAACUUAAACCGCGCCAAACAUGGCAGACAACAGUUGAGCUCCACAAAUAGUCAGGUUCGGCUAUAAGGACUUUGAACUGGACCGUGCCAAUAAAAAAAGAUUUGCCAGAUGCAGAGUAUGCAAUGCAAGAAUAUAUGACAUGACAUCCACAACGUCAAAUUUAAUCAGGCAUUUCAAGAAUCACAAGGAAAGGUAAGAAAGUAAUUUCUUCAAUUUAGUGAUAAAACGAUAACUAGUGUAAUGAAUUAAUCGUUUCUGUUUUUCAUAAUAUGCCCUUUGUUGUAUUUUUAUUAGUAUUAGAAAUGUGGUCAUUGAUCGUCACUGAUAAGCCUACGUCUCAUCUCACAAUUAGAUGUGUUGGGGAAUUUGGCUAUAACAGUGGCGUAGCCCUAAUUUUAAUGUUGGGGGGCAUUUUAAAAGGAAGGGACUUUUCUGUAUUACAUGAAGGCUAAUGUCUAUAUUAUAUGUGCGCAUUUUCAAGUGGGUGUGGAAGCCGAAUAGCAGCUCGCUUAUACUGCAUGACAGGCUGAUGGACGCGCCGGUGAGAUCACUUGUACCUAAAAAAACUCUUUAAAACGUUUUCAGUCAUACUGACAAGAACCAUUUCAUCAUUUCACACAUUUUUUGUGUACACUCACAAUAACAACAAACCCUUGCUUGAUUUGUCUAAACUGUGACUCCAGAUUUGACUCGAGACUUGAUGGUUAAGACCUUGGUUAAGAUGGUUUAGCUCGGACUUGACCAUAUGUGACUUGUCCCCACCUCUGCUCGCCGGUAUCCCACACCAGGCGUGCACAAUCUGUGUGCACAAGCUCAUGCCCAAAGUUUUUUCAUGAUGCAAGAUGGGCGAGUUUUAGCCCAUUUUCAUACAAGUUUUAUUGAACAAUAGGUGUUUUUUAAACAUUCAUCUAUAAAUACGCUCUGUGUCACAUAGGUAAAAGUUUUAUUGUUUUAUUGCAUCUGUUAUUUCUAUGCUAGAAUCAAUUAUGUAGCCUACAAGGACUUUUUUAUAUACAGUAAAUGUGCUGUUUUUAUAAACAUGGCAUGGUGCUUUCUACUUUACAUCUCGUCCGGUGUGUCACAACCGUAAAGGGGUUUUCUACAGAACCAAGUACAAUUGUAACACUGUUGUAUUUUCUUCUUGGUUUGGUUCGCUUUCAAAUGGCACCAUUUCAAAAUGGACCAAAUAUUAAUAUUUGGAAAAAACACUGUCCUCUCAUUGGUCAGAGCACCCCCUUACUUCCUGAAUCUUGCUCGCAGCGAUCAUCCAUCCGGAUGCCUAGAAACAGCCGUGCAAGCUUAAUAAAGCCUUCUUUGUUGCUGUCUUAA